AUGGAGGAAAAAGAUCCUAUUAGUCAUGACCACGGUAGUGCAAGUUCAGGUGAUGUCAAGAAAGUCAUAGGUCUCUAUAAUCGGGGAGAAGAAGCCAUAGAGUACCUCAACCUAUAUCUUAAAAAAGCUAAAGAAGUAGGAGACAAGCAUGGGGAGGGUAACGCUUAUGGCACUCUUGGCAAUGCUUAUCACCGUCUGAGUGAUUUCAAAAAAGCCAUAGAGUACCACAACCUACAUCUUAAAAAAGCUAAAGAAGUAGGAGACAAGCAUGGGGAGGGUAACGCUUAUGGCAAUCUUGGCAAUGCUCAUGGCCGUCUGGGUGAUUUCAAAAAAGCCAUAGAGUACCACAACCUACAUCUUAAAAUAGCUAAAGAAGUAGGAGACAAGCAUGGGGAGGGUAACGCUUAUGGCAAUCUUGGCAAUGCUUAUUUUAGUCUGGGUGAUUUCAAAAAAGCCAUAGAGUACCACAACCUACAUCUUAAAAUAGCUAAAGAAGAAGGAGACAAGCAUGGGGAGGGUGGUGCUUAUGGCUGUCUUGGCAAUGCUUAUCAUCGUCUGGGUGAUUUCAAAAAAGCCAUAGAGUACCACAACCUAGAUCUUAAAAUUGCUAAAGAAGUAGGAGACAAGCAUGGGGAGGGUGGUGCUUAUGGCAAUCUUGGCAAUGCUUAUGACCGUCUGGGUGACUUCAAAAAAGCCAUAGAGUACCACAACCUACAUCUUAAAAUAGCUCAAGAAGUAGGAGACAAGCAUGGGGAGGGUAUCGCUUAUGGCAAUCUUGGCAAUGCUUAUCACCGUCUGAGUGAUUUCAAAAAAGCCAUAGAGUACCACAACAUAAAUCUUAAAAUAGCUCAAGAAGUAGGAGACAAGCAUGGGGAGGGUAACACUUAUGGCAGUCUUGGCAAUACUUAUCACAGUCUGGGUGAUUUCAAAAAAGCCAUAGAGUACCACAACCUACAUCUUAAAAUAGCUAAAGAAGUAGGAGACAAGCAUGGGGAGGGUGGUGCUUAUGGCAAUCUUGGCAAUGCUUAUCACCGUCUGGGUGAUUUCAAAAAAGACAUAGAGUACCACAACCUACAUCUUAAAAUAGCUCAAGAAGUAGGAGACAAGCAUGGGGAGGGUAACGCUUAUGGCAAUCUUGGCAAUGCUUAUUACGGUCUGGGUGAUUUCAAAAAAGCCAUAGAGUACCACAACCUAGAUCUUAAAAUAGCUAAAGAAGUAGGAAACAAGCAUGGGGAGGGUGGUGCUUAUGGCAAUCUUGGCAUUGCUUACGGCCGUCUGGGUGAUUUCAAAAAAGCCAUAGAGUACCACAACCUAGAUCUUAAAAUAGCUAAAGAAGUAGGAGACAAAUCCUCGGAGGCAAAGGCCUACUCUUCAUUAGGAUGCGAUUUUGAGUUGCAAGGUGGACUGCCAAAAGCCGUUGAACAUUACCAAGCUAGCAUAAACUUAUUCAAUUCCUUGAGAGUACUUCUAAAAUCUAAGGACGAGUGGAAAGUUAACUUUCGAAAUCAGUAUCAAAUGGCGUAUACGGGUUUGUGGAGAGUUCUCGUAGAUCAAGGUAAUAUAGAUGAAGCCUUAUUUGUUGCUGACAAAGGACGAGCUCAAGCUCUGUCCGACCUUAUGGAAUCCAGUUUUUGUGGUGAAGCAAGUCAGCACAAGGCAGGUGAUGAAGAUUUAGCAGUCACUGCUAAGUCUACAUCGAUUUGGAUGAAACGUUUUUCAAAAGUUUUAAGAAGCGUUCCAUCAAACACUGUCUUUCAGGCAGUGGACGAAGCUAACGUCAAUCUUUGGGUUGUGUCCGAAGGAAAACAAGUUCAGUUAAGGCAAAGUAAACUCAAAGGUUUUGUUUUAGAGAAUAGUGGAUCUAGCCAGUCCUUUGAGUCGUUCAUGCUCGGUGUCUAUACACAACUUGGUGUUCGUUCUAAUGUGAGAUGCGAGAAUCGAUCUUUAGAUGCUUUGAGGGAGGGCCGUUCAAAAGUGGAUGAGAAAACCAAAGAAGCCAACCCUCAACCUCACAUCCAACAAGACAGAUGCUUGAGCACUUUGUAUGAUAUCGUUAUGAAGCCGGUGGCUGACUUGAUUGAAGGGGAUGAGCUACUCAUUAUUCCUGAUGGACCCCUGUGGAUCGCUCCUUAUGCUGCAUUGAAGGAUGGUAAUUCUAAAUACCUGUGUGAAUCGUUCACAAUCCGAGUCGCUCCAUCGUUAGCAAGUCUUAGACUCAUUACUGAUUGCCCAGAUGAUUAUCACAAAAGCAGUGGUGCGUUACUUGUAGGAGAUCCGUGGGUAUCCGAGGUUACUAACAGCGAGGGAGAGAAAGUCCUCGAGCAGCUUCCGUGUGCUAAAGAAGAAGUAGAAAUGAUCGGAAAAAUUCUGAAUAUCACGCCAAUCACUGGCAGAAAAGCCACGAAACGUGAGGUGUUGAAAAGACUCAGUUCCGUUUCCUUAGUUCACUUUGCGGCACACGGAUGUCCGGAAACUGGCGAAAUUGCUCUUACACCUGACCUAGACCGAAUAUCUACUGUGCCUACGGAGAAGGAGGAUUACAUUUUAACGAUUCGAGAUGUGUUAAAUGUUCAACUUCGCGCCAAACUUGUUGUGCUCAGUUGCUGCCACAGUGGUCGGGGCGAGAUCAAGGCUGAAGGUGUGGUUGGCAUUGCGCGCGCUUUUAUGGGGGCUGGUGCUCGGUCUGUUGUGGUAUCCCUGUGGGCGAUUGAUGACGAGGCUACUCUCGAAUUCAUGAAAUUCUUUUAUCAACACCUUGCAGAAGGUAAACCAACAAGCAAGUCACUGAACCUGGCCAUGAAAAGCCUCAGAGAAUCAGAUGAGUUCCACGAAAUCAAAUACUGGGCGCCCUUUUUGCUGAUUGGAGAUGACCUCACGUUUGACCUGAUGGCAAAGGAAAGAGAAAAUUUGAAUAGAAAAUCAAAUAAAUGAGAAAAUGUUUUUUUUCAUCUCAAAAGAAUGAAGUAGGAACUUGGAAGGUUUAAAUGUUUCUCUAUUUUAAACAAUUUUUGGGUAUUUUUCUUUACUUUUUAUUUUUUUGUUAAAUGGAACUUGAGAUGUGCAACUUUACUAUGGUGAAGAAAUAAACCAGUCUAUUUCAUUAUAUUUUGAUCAGUGGAAUUGUCUUUUUUAUUAACCUUGCUUGCGAAGAGAACGAAAUGCAACAAGACCUCUGUUAUGAACGAGGUUUCCAUUUCCACCAACAUGUCACUCAGCUCUGUUCCUGUAUUACAAUCAGUUGUAUGGAAAAUAAUUUAAAGGUUAUUUCUUUUACCCAACCAGGGGCUUUUCCACCGGAUUUUAAUUACCUUUAUGCUCUAAGCUUUUGAUAAGCAAAGAAACAAUUCGUCAUAUGCAAAAGUUGGCGAAUUUUAAUUUCCAUAACUUUGAUUGAAUAUGUAUGUGAAUUAAAUACGUGAAUUGAUCUUAGACAGUUUUCUACAUAUUAAAUUACUUUGUUACAAUUUACCUUCAUAUUUACAAAAAAAUUGAUUACCAUUUUCAACUCAAUCCAUUUUAAUGCAAUCUAAUUCUGUCAGUGCCAAGAUUGCCAUUCUAAGCUUAAUUUGAAGAAGUAAACAUCAGAGAUGAUGUUAUUAAAUUUACUAACCAUAUGUUAGAGACAUUACACCUACUUUUAGGGGUGUAGCCAGCCUCUAGUCCCGUAGGCCCGGCCUACAAUUGUUUUCUGCCCGCUUGACUUUUACUAAAAGAUAAUAUGACUCUUGCAAAUGUUGAAACAAAAAUUGAAAUUUGUGAGGGAAGAGGCUUACAUUUAGUCAAAAAGCUGGCUACAACCCUGUUUUCAAUCAAACGAGUCUGGCCAAUUUUUGUCCGUUUUACCAAACACUGAUCCGUUCGUUUUAAAGAACGACGACAGAGAGGCUAAAAAUUGUCCAUGUAAUCUAAACUAGGAAAGAGGGACGCAGAGUUCACUAUAAUUAAAGUUUCCAUAGAUGUGACUUUUAAUGUAUGUGACAUGGAAUUUGUUGUUUCUAGUAGGACAAUAUUUACGCUCAUAAAUGAGAGAAGCAGUUAACGUAAGCCAUGUAGUCCUCAAUGGGAAUUAUUUUGGUAAAAAGGAUCAUUAAUUAAUGUCAACCUAGUGCGUAGUUGAAAAGGUUCAGGGCUUCAGGAUAAAACUUCUAAUUGUUGAAAAUCACCUCUUCAAAAUUUUUCAUCGCUUUAAAUGUACCUCAGCAUGAUUUGAAGAUGUCUGAUAAUAUCUUUGUUAGGUUUAAGAAUUUAUAGUUUGGUAUUUAGAGCACACUUUGUAAUUAGAACCCGUUAUGUGGUCAAAAGUUUUAAGAUAUACUGUAUCAAUGAUGUUUUAGAAGAAAGCUUUGUAAAAUCAAUCUUAGUUUUGCAGAUUAUUGUAACUACCAUUGGUAAAUGCUGGUAUAAAAUGUAAUAGUUAACCUCACACUUGGUUCAAUGUAACUAGGGUUUUAAAGACAUGCUGGCACAGUUUCAACUAAACAUGGUUUGUAUAAUGUCAGUGUAUUUCGUGCGAAGUGUUUUGAAGCUAUUUUUUUUUAAGUUGAAGAUAAUUGUUCAUUUAAUUAACUCAUGAACUCCCAAGUUCUGAAGAAAAAUUCUCCCAACUGAUAAGAAUGUGUUUCUCUUGAUGCCGCUUGUUCCGAGAAUUCGAUGUAACAUUAUGUUUCUAGUAAAAGAUUAUCCUCCAGUUUGGAUUUUCCCUCAUUGUUAUUGACUCCAUGUUUGUCGGUGUAUUAAUACCGUGAGGAAAAUUUAAAUUAUGAUCAGUCUUGGGAGUAAAUGGGCUCAUUUUAGCGUCUCCGUUUAGCGCGUAUUUUACUUAAUGCCUUGAACGAUUUAAUGCAGUUUCUAUUGUGCUUAUUUUUUUACUUCUUUGUGUAAGAAAAAUAUAGAGUGUAUAAAAUACAAAAACUGCGUUGAUUUAC